GGACUUUUCAACAACCACCAACAAAUGCACGCCACGUGGAUGUUUGCGUGCGUCUACCUCACCCUUGGCGUCUUCGGUUCGGUCACAAAGACCGUCAACAUCCGGGCCUUCGUCAGGAUGGGCCCGGGGGACAGCGUGACGGCUUCGUUUCUUUGCCUGUCCCUGUCCGACCUGGGCUUCCUGCUGACCACGGUCGGCGUGGGGGCUUUUUCUUUCCUCUGGGCCGUGGAGAUGGGCACGUCCUACGAGACGUGCUUCGCCAUGGAUCCUUUCGCUGGCUACGUCAUCUCCGCCAACGCCAGUUUUCUCCUGUACGUCAUGUCGACGCUCACCACCAUGUUUCUCGCCGUGGCGCGCUGCAUGUGCGUGGCGAGACCCCUCCACUUCAAGAACACGUUCACUCUGGCGCGAACCGUCGCCGUGCUCCUGGGCUGUGCCGUUUUCACGGUUGGCAGCUAUCUUCCGGUUCUUGCGAACAUGGGCGUCGACCCUAAGUUCGACGUGCGGGUCAAUUUCAGCCGGCCGCUGCUGUGGAUAACGACGGAGAGGGAAUUCAUCAAGGUCAUCGUGUGGACCGUCCGAGACACGGUGCUGUCGAUGACGUCACAGGUCGUCCUUCUCGUCUGCGUCAUCAUCAUGGCCGCGAGGCUGAGGAAGGCGACGGCAUUCCGGCAGAUGUCGGGUGUACACGUCAAGACGCUUAAAUCCAGAUUUGAAGUCAGCACUUCUGGGGCGCGAACGGCUCCACCUUUAGGUAGUCAAGUCACACAGUUGGGGAGGAGGGAUCUCCAGACUGUAAGACGGGCUACCCAAGCCGCGCAUUUGGGAAGGAAAGAUCUUCAGAUAGUAAGACAGGUUCUGUUGAUUUCACUGGUGUACGUUGUCUGCAACAUGCCCAAAAUCCUAGUUAACAUUGCUGGGAUAUUUGAGUCCGAGCUGACCAUUGGUAAGCAGUACCAGAACUUAAGUAUCGCAACCAUUAAUAUCAUGACCAUCUCGCAAAUGUUUCAUUCCAGCAUUAAUCUUGUUAUUUACUACAAGUUUAACGCUAAGUUCCGAUCAAACUGUGCACUUUAG